AUGGCUCCCUAUGAAGCUUUAUAUGGGCGAAGAUGUAGAACUCCAGUAUGUUGGGAUGAGGUUGGAGAGAGAAAAUUGUUAGGGCCAGAGAUUGUUCAAAUUACUACCAAUAAAGUGCAUAUUAUUCGAGAAAGGUUAAAGGCGGCUCAAAGUAGACAAAAGAGCUAUGCAGAUAAUCGAAGGAGAGAUUUGGAAUUUCAAGUGGGAGAUCAUGUAUUUUUACGAAUCUCGCCAUGGAAGGGAGUGAUGCGAUUUGGUAAGAAAGGCAAACUAAGUCCAAGGUAUAUUGGGCCAUUUGAGAUAUUAGAGCGCAUUGGCAAGACUGCUUAUCGUUUGGCCUUACCACCUAGUCUAUCUCGCAUUCACAAUGUGUUUCAUGUAUCCACAUUGAAGAAGUACAUGCCUGACCCAUCACACGUGUUAGAUUUCCAACCAAUCCAACUCAAGGAUAAUUUGUCUUAUGAAGAGGAAGCCAUAGAGAUUGUGGACAUGAAGGAUCAAGUACUACGUUCCAAGACCAUACCACUAGUAAAGGUAUUGUGGAAAAAUCAUGCUUUGGAGGAAGCUACUUGGGAGCGGGAGGAUAAUAUGAAAAUUCGAUAUCCACAUCUUUUUCAAGAUAUGAACUAG